AUGACUUCCUUCCGCAGCGCACUCCAGAGCAAAUCGUGCCUUCUCGGUACGUUUAUCAGUUUCAACGAUCCCUACAGCGCCCAAAUUCUCGCGAGAUGUGGUUUCGACUGGUUGAUGAUCGACAUGGAGCAUUCGCCGCUCUCAGCACAAGAGAUGACGUCAAUGGUGCAUUCUACAGUUACGGCCUCUGCAGGGAGCUGCUGUCCGAUUGUGCGGAUCCCGUCUCACGGCGUGGAGUGGAUCAAAUGGGCCCUCGAUAGCGGCGCCAGCGGCAUUAUUGUGCCCAUGGUGAACAACAAGGAGGAAGUGGACGCCAUUCUCAAGCGGGCGCUGUAUCCGCCCGCAGGACAACGAAGCUUCGGGCCUUUUCGCGCGCCUUUCGCAGACAUGGCCGGCUCUAUGGACAUGGCGGAAUACAAGCGAAAGACGGCGCCAAUAGUUGCCAUCAUGCCUAUGAUUGAAUCAGUGGAGGCGGUGGAGAAUGCAGAGGAAAUUGUGGGAGCGCAAGGAGUAGAUGGGAUUUUCAUCGGGCCCGUUGAUCUCAGGCAUUCACUCGGCUUCGAAGGUUCGGGAGGAGACGAAGAUGCAUAUAUAGCAGCCUUGCAGAGAGUACUGGAAAUGGGCAAGAAGUUUGGGAAAGCGAUUGGCAUUCUGGGCACCCAAGAAUCAGUCCCUCGACUAGUCAAGAUGGGGUUCAGUUUUAUCAUGCUAGCUGGUGGUGAUGCAGGGAUUCUGGCAGAAGCAGCUUCGGCGAAACUUAGGGCGUCCAGAGAGUCGAUAGGCUGA